CUCUUCCUGUGUUACCGCCCUUGGGUUGAGUGAGACACCAGGGGAAAGCUCAGAAGGAACAUAUCGCAAUUCAUUGGGAGGACUUGUGUUUUUUUGGACGCUCCGUUGUCUGGUCCUCAUUAGCCUCAGAUAGCCUCUCCCUGGUCUGGAGCAAUAUAAGCCCGAGAAGAAGCAGUGUGGCCGUGGGUUCAGUGUUGCUUAGCAAGCUAUACCCAGCACCAUGGCGUUGUCGUUUAAGAAGGAUCUGGAGAAGUACAAGGAUUUGGACGAAGAUGAGAUCCUCAACAAGCUGUCGGCGGAGGAGCUCAAACAGCUGGAGACGGCCCUCGAGGAGAUGGACCCUGAGAAUGCUCUCCUCCCGGCGGGUUUGCGUCAGAAGGACCAGACGACGAAGGAGGCCACAGGAUCAUUCAACAGGGAACGUCUGCUCAAAUACCUGGAGAAGGAAGCCAUGGAGUACAAGGACAGAGAGGAUAUAGUGCCCUUCACUGGGGAGAAGAAAGGAAAAGUGUUCAUUCCGAAGCAGAAACCAAUAGACACACGCAAGGAGGAAGUCACAACCCUCGAUCCAGAGUUAGAGGAAGCUCUGUCCAGUGCUACGGAUACAGAACUGUGCGAUCUAGCAGCUAUCCUGGGUGUGCACACGCUGGUCACCAGCACCCAGACAUACGACGGAACUGGAUCUAAAGACUCCUACAACAAUGUGAUCAAAGGGGAGAAGAUGAACCCGGUGUUCGAUGAGCCUCCCAAUCCCACUAACGUAGAAGAAACUCUGCAGAGGAUAAAGAGCAAUGACAGCUCCUUAACAGAGGUCAACCUCAACAACAUUAAGAACAUUCCCAUUCCCACUCUGAAGGACUUCGCCAAAGCCAUGGAGAAGAACACGCACGUGAAGAAGUUCAGCCUGGCGGCGACACGGAGCAACGACCCGAUCGCUGUGGUGUUCGGCGAAAUGCUGCGGGAGAACAAGACGUUGCGAAGUUUGAAUUUGGAGUCCAACUUCAUCACCGGGGCAGGCAUCAAGGCUUUGGUUGAAGCGUUGAGAGACAACGACACGCUCACGGAGAUCAAGAUAGACAACCAGAGGCAGCAGCUGGGUACCAGCGCAGAGAUGGAGAUUGCUAAAAUGUUGGAGGAGAACAACAGCAUAGUGAAGUUUGGCUACCACUUCACCCAGCAGGGGCCUCGGUCCAGAGCUGCCGCAGCCAUCACCAAGAACAACGACUUGGUCCGCAGGAGGCGAGUGGAAGGGGACCAGUAGGGACGGAGCCCGACCCGCCUCCCAGCCGACCCUGUGCUUCAUCUCAUCAUGUGGAAUAAUUUCAGCCAAUGCCCCGGUCUCAUCUCACUGUGUGGAAACUUUAGUCUUGUGCCAAACGGCGGGGCAAGGCGCGCUCAGCCAGAACAUAACACCUGAGAAGAAGGGAAAUAACUGGAAUUGCCCUCUCCCAUACACAUGUUCAUACCUAUGUCUAUUACUAUGUUGUUAUUGAAGGUGUAAAUCUCCCUAGGUUUUAGUCAUUCCAUUUCAGCUGCUCCUUCAGCCUUUUUUUUUUUUUUUUUCCUGUCUAGACUUUUUACUUGCUUUUCUCCUUUUAUACGGCGCUAUAAUAACCUGAAGAAAACCAAGUAACGGGAUCAACGAUAACCGCUUUGUAUAAACAGUAACGUUUAGAUACUCCGUUGUUAAGAGUUUGCUGUUCGGGGUGGAAGUCCUGCACUGAAGCAGCAGAGUUUGAGGGAAUAUCUCUGAAGCUGAUGAUUGCACCUGCCUAGAUUUUAGCUUCAGAAAGUCAGUGUCAGACCAGUCUGUAGGGAAGGUUUCAGCUUAGCCAUGACGAGUAGCCGGCAAACCAUGUCUAGACUGCACAGCUGUCUGUUACCAUGUAAAAAGUAAUGAGGAGUAAUAACUCUAAUGUCACUCUUGUACAUUGCAUGAGCAGAGUGGUUUGCAGAUGUUGUUAAUUGGAGUUGCCUUGUAAAGCCAGCAUGACUGUCGGACUCGUGUUUGUAAUGCUUGGCGCGUGCAAGAAGUUUCUAUGUUAUUGCUGAUCUUAGACAAGACGGUUGACACACUCAAAGCCGCCUCAUGUGAAAUAUAUAUACUGUCGGUGCAUACUGUUUCCAAUAUCGCUUUACUGUUAUAUUCUAAUUAAAGAUCUUCUUUUGAUACGGUUCAGAUUCUAAUAUCGGUUAUUCUGAUCACUUUUAUGCCUCGACGUGAAAUUAUGAGUGGAUUUUGAUACUUUCGAUCAAACGGAAGUGGGGAUUGGAUUGUUAAAGGAACGCGAUAUUAAUCCUUGUCCAGACUGCAAAACGUUGUAAACGACAGCUGAACACACUGGGUUUCUCUGAUGCUUAACCAUGCCAAAGACUAACAUGCAGUGCUUAAAGUGUCAAUACUGGACUUGAUGGUUAUUGUUUCAGUUUUUAAGGACACGCGUUGGUUCAUCGGAUCGUUCUGUGAGACGUUGACAAACAGUUUGCGUGAAACUUCUCGGUUUUACUUCUCAGGUUGCGGCUGCUUAUGAAAUGUUUCUUUGAACUGCGACUCCCAUGUAAAAGUCCAUUUGGCUCCUGGCAGUCAUUCAUUAGGAACCGAUGACAACAGCUUAACUCCAUUAUAGGUACCUUAACCUGCUUGCAGUGGAUAUAACAGGACUAAUUCAGGAGUUACUUGAAACUUGUAUAUACUGUUCGUGUGUAAUAGGAACAAUAUGCUGGCAUGAAGUCGUCACUUGUGAACAUCAUGUUUCUGUUGACCAAAAAACUAUUCUUUCCUCAGCUUCACAUUCCUUGGACAAGAGCUGUACUAUGGGUUUUUAUAUCUGUGCACUUUUUCCAUGUUCAUAUCGGCUAGUAUUCUUGAAACGUUUUGUUUUUGCAUUACUGUGUUUUUUUUCGUUGUUGUUUCGUUUUUUUGUUUUUCUGGUGGAUGGUCGGUUAAAGCAGAACACUGCUUCUUUGCUUUGGGCUUGUUAACAAUAUUCUGUGAUUCCUAAAUUGUAUUUUAAUUGUGAAAUACCAUCUCAAAUUUAAGGUCUGCACACACAUACGGACCCUGAUCCGACUGAUGCGUGUGUGUAAAAUAUAUAUAUAUAUAUAUAAAUUUACACAAGUCACUGCUGAGUUGUUGUUUUUUUGUACCUUUAAUCAAAUCCCAGGUGUUAACACAAGGAAUAUGUAUUAUUAUAAAAUACUGGUUAAACCUCACUGCUGAAUAUAAGACAUCCUCAACAAUAAAUGUUUUUACAUACUC